AUGAACCCAACUUUAGUUAGAGCUUUCCACAGAUCCGCCGUCAGACUAUCCCAAGCUUCUGCGGACGCUUCUUCACACAGUAUGUCUACCGGAAAGUGGUUUGCUACCCUAGGAGGUGUCACUGUACUACUUGGUGCUGGUGCUGGUGCCUUGCAAUGGGCCUACAAAGAUUCAAAAAUUGACCAAAUCUUUGCCAAGGAAAGAAGACAGGGUCUACACCAUUGA